AUGGGAAGUAACGACAGUUCAGGUCUCUUGGUCGUUGAGAAAUCAGAAGUGGUCCUAGUGAAACCUUUAAAGCCAACACCUCAUGUCUCUCUGUCUCUCUCCACCAUCGACAACGAUCCUAAGGUUGAAAACAUCGUCCAAACCAUAUGCGUAUUUGCCCCUAAACCCUACCGUGAAGGUCAAGCCAAAUACGACCUGGCUUCUCUUCUCCAGCAUGCCCUAUCUCAUGUCCUUGUCUACUACUAUCCUUUCGCCGGAAAACUUCACAGGAAAUCCGACGACAAUAGACUUGUGCUGAAUUGCAAAGACGGAGAUGGAGUCCCCUUUACAAGGGCAACCGCCGCAUGCACGCUCGCUUCUCUCAAUUACUUGGACAGUGCUGGGGACGAAGCUUACCAGCUCGUGCCUUGUUACGAACCUGUGAAAGGUUGUGAAGGAUAUGACCCUCUGGCUCUACAAUUCACUAAGUUUGCGUGUGGAGGAAUCACUAUUGGAAUGGCUCACUCUCACUCCGUCAGUGACGGCGUUGGAGCGGCUCAGUUUUUCCGAGCGAUGAUCGAGCUUGCCUCCGGGAAGAGCCAACCCUCCGUAAUCCCCGUAUGGGAGAGAGAAAGGCUCAACUUUAACGGUAAACUAGGAGAAGUCGUUGAUUUUCCAAAGGCUGGCUCUUCUAUUACACCUUCCUCGUAUACAUCGGAUGAUGACAUGGUCCGUGAAAUCCUGAACAUUACCUCCGAUGACAUUACCAAACUCAAGAAAACAAUAGCAGAGGACGAGCAAACUACAAAUGAGAACGAGAAGAAGGUUGUUGUCACGACCCUAGAGAUUCUUGCGGCCCAAAUCUGGAGAGCACGUUGUCGAGCCCUGAAUAUGAGUCCAAAUGAGACUAUGGUUUUAAGUAUAGCCAUUGGCAUCCGCAACUUUAUAGAGCCGCCAUUACCAGAAGGCUACUAUGGCAAUGCCUUUGUCAACGGCUAUGUGGCAUUGACAGCAAAGGAGCUGAGCGAUUCUUCAUUGUCUAGUCUCGUGAGGCUCAUAAAGGACUUAAAGAGAGCGGCGAUGGACAAAAGGUACAUGUUGGGGAAACUUAGCGAGAUGGAGAGAAGUGUGAAAGAUAUGUCAUGUUCUAGUGACAUUAACAAAGGGUUUAUGGUGGUCACGGAUUGGCGGCAAAUCGGUCUACAAUAUGAUGGUUGGGGUGGUUUAGUGAACAUUAUACCUUUGGUUUCAAUGACAAUGCCAUUUAUCUGUGUGUUAUUGCCGGCGUCAAAGGCGGAUCCAGGGAUGAGCGGUGGCGUUCGAGUGCUAGCAACGCUUCCUAGGGAUGCAAUGGCCAAGUUCAAGGAAGAGAUGACUAAUCUCUAA